GCAAGCACCACUGACAGGAGAGGGAAGAUUUCGCGAACCGGUUCCAUGCAUCAGUAGCAAGUGCAUACUAAGAAGCUGUAUGCAACGCUAAUUGAGCCAAUAAUUGGUUGCAUUUAAAUAGCGGGAACUCAUAUGCACGUAACGUUUUGAAUUGUACUAUGGAGUCCAUACUAGAGCUCGUGAAACCAGCACUGUUUUGGCUAGGUGCUUUAACUGCGGCCUGGUUCUCUGUCUGCUCCGUAUACCGACUCUUAAACGGCCUGAAGAUAUGGAUAUUGGGUAAUGGAAAGCUGGUUUCACCCGCUAAACUUGGAAAAUGGGCAGUUGUAACUGGAGCCACAGAUGGGAUCGGGAAGGCCUAUGCGGAGGAGCUCGCACGGCGAGGCUUUGCUAUUGUGCUGGUCAGCCGCUCACAGGAGAAGCUGGAUGACGUCUCCAAAGCCAUCGAAAGUAAAUAUGGUGUUGAGACCAAAACCAUCGCUGCGGACUUUGGGUCUACUGACAUCUAUCCAAAGAUUGAGAAUGGACUGGCUGGACUAGAGAUUGGGGUUUUAGUAAACAAUGUUGGAAUUUCCUACUCUUACCCGGAGUUCUUCCUCAACGUCCCCAAUUUGGACCAAUUUAUCGACACAAUGAUUAAUGUCAACAUCACCUCUGUCUGUCAGAUGACCCGGAUUGUUCUGCCCUUGAUGGUAGACAGGUCGAAAGGGGUGAUUUUAAAUAUCUCAUCUGCCAGUGGCAUGUACCCUGUCCCACUUCUCACCAUCUACUCUGCUACCAAGGCCUUUGUGGAUUUCUUCUCUCGUGGGCUUGAAGCUGAGUACAGGAAGAAAGGCAUCAUCAUUCAGAGUGUGCUGCCAUUCUUUGUGGCGACCAAGUUGAGUAAGAUCAGGAGAGCGACUCUGGACAAGCCCACUCCGGAGCACUACGUGGCUGCCGCGCUCAACACUGUGGGCCUGGAGAGUCAAACCAACGGCUACCUGCCCCACGCCAUCAUGGGCUGGGUGACCACCGCGCUGCUCCCUGCCAGACUGCUCAACCAGCACAUCAUGGGCUUGCAUCUGUCCCAGCGCGCACGCUACCUCAAAAAGCAGAAGCAGGGCUAGAGCCCACACAGGCUGGACAAGACGAGGGAGGGGAGCGCACUGGACACCCAGUGGUGAAGAGGCUGACCAUAAAAAGCCAUCAGCAUCACCUCCACGUUUCCUCCUCUGCUCUAGAGGGACCAAGAACAGGCGUGUCCAUAUCAGUCUUAAUAUUAGGGGCUCAAAUGAGGUUUGUGUGAAAGUGGAAUUGAAAGGAUGAGGUUUUUUUUUUUUUUGUUUUUUUUUUUUUUUUUUUGUCAUGAAGUUUGUAUCAGCACUUAACUAACUUACUUUUUUUUUUAAAGAAAUUACUACUGAUUGAAGAAUUAAUGCUUUACAGCCAGUCCUUUUUGCUAUAGAGAAAGGACAGUUGGUUGCCUGCAUCACUCACUGUAUCAAAAACAUGCGUAUUCCAAUUUAACAAGAAAAAACAAAUUACUUCUUGACACACGAGGAAAAAAAGACAAUGUCAGAAACCUCACAUGUUUAUAACAUACUGUCCAUUUAACUUGUGAUGGGUUUUUUGUUUCAUAAAUGUGAACUAACUUUUUUUCUUCAGCUUUCAACAUAGACAAACUUUUUUUGUUUUAUUUCAAUGUGAAGAUGUGAAGUUCAGUGUUCAACUCAUAUCCAUGGAAACAGUGUAAAACAUGCCAUCUGUCUUUGAAGUACAUUGCAAAGCAAGAAUGUUUCCCCCGCCAGCAUAUUCUGGGAUUUUGGUCAUAUACAUUUCUGUGUUUCUAGUUUUAGAUGCUGUGAUGUUAGGGCCUCCGUCUUUGAAUGUGUAAAUUCUCUCCAGUCAGGUUGCAUAAUGCACUCUCCUGCUGGGAUAUGCAGGGCAUCUUAUCACCACAUGGUGUUAUCAGUCACACUUUUAAUGGAUUGUUCUCAGAGACAUGCACUUCUCUUAGUUCGCACUACAUCUGUUUGAAAGAGAUGCUGGUGAAUCUCACUGAAAUUGGAGUCUUUUAUAUUUGUCCUGUCCGUUAAAAUAUGAUUGUUGUUUUUCCAAGUGUUGAGGAACUGCAGGCAUUUGUAACAUAAUAGCAACAAUUUUCCCUGUGAAUAGUUGACAGAUACCCACUCAUUCCAAAAUUGUGUACUGGAAACAUUGUAAUGACCAAAAAUUUGUCACAAUGGAUGACCUUUAUUAAGGGGCUCCCUUGAGCAGCAUUAUGAAAUUGGCUUGAAACUGAUUUUUGAGUUUCAUCUGUAUGAUGCUUCUUUACUGUAUCAGUUAACCCCCAGUGGUGAUUAAAGUGCUUUGAAAGUUA